AUGACAGACUCACCCGCGGCAACCCAACGGGAUUCACGCAAAUCUGCGUCUCUCCACUCCAAACAUCAGGAUGCCUCUUCCGAGCAGACGUUACAGGACAUUGAGCAACCGUCCUCGCUGGACGCUGAAAAGGACCGCGCCUUGCCACCCGAUGGCGGCUACGGAUGGGUCUGCGUAGUCUGCAAUGCGUGCAUCAAUGCGCAUACUUGGGGCAUCAACAGUGCGUACGGCGUAUUUCUAGGAUACUACUUGUCCAGUAAUGCAUUUCCGGGCACGUCCGCCCUAGCAUAUGCCUUCGUCGGUGGGCUAUCGAUUUCGCAAGCCAUGCUUAUUGCUCCUCUCGCCACAUAUGUCGUCCAUCGCUUUGGCACAAGGGCCUCUCUGAACACCGGCAUCUUUUUCGAAACAUUGGCCUUGAUAGGAGCAUCAUUCGCCACCAAACUAUGGCAUUUAAUUUUGUCCCAAGGUGUAUGCUUCGGAUGGGGCAUGGGCUUCCUCUUCACCGCCUCAGUCGGCAUCCUUCCUCAAUGGUUCCUGAAGCGCCGCAGCCUGGCCAACUCUCUCUCUGCAGCAGGUUCAGGUCUCGGCGCCCUGAUCUACUCCCUCGCCGCCGGCCGAGCUAUUCAAACCGUGGGCUUGCCCUGGACCUUCCGCAUCCUCGCAAUUUGCACGUUCAGCGUCAACAUCAUCGCGUGCAAUCUCCUCCGCGACCGCAACAAGCUCAUUGGCACCCGCAAUCGCGCUUUCGACUUGAGCAUCCUAAGACGUCCCGAGUUCCUCCUCGUGCAAGCGUGGGGGUGCUUCUCCAUGCUCGGCUACGUUGUUAUUGUGUUCUCCAUCCCAGCUUAUGCCCGCUCAAUCGGCCUCAGCGAGUCGCAAGGCUACAUACUGAACGCCAUCGUCAGUCUAGGGCAAAUGCUCGGCCGCCCAAUCAUCGGUCUGACAUCCGACCGCUACGGACGGAUCAAUCUCGCCUGCCUGUACUCUCUCUGCUCCGGCCUCGCCAUAUUCGCGUUCUGGAUUCCCACCGAGGCGGCCCCUUCUCCUUACGGCCUUCUCAUCUUCUACUCCAUCGUUGGCGGUGGCCUAGCCGGUACUUUUUGGACGACCAUCGCGCCCGUCUCCACCGAAGUCGUUGGCUUGAAAGACCUUCCUGGCGCGCUGUCUCUGACUUGGCUACUCCUGGUGCCGCCAACCACAGUAUCCCAGCCCAUCGCGCUUGAGCUGCGGAGCCUGAACCAGCAGCAUUGGGUCUACCUGCAUCCACAAAUAUUCACCGGGUUCAUGUACGUCGCUGGCGCUAUGUGUCUGUGGGUGCUCAGAGGAUGGAAGAUCGGGCAGGUCGAGGAGGUUGAGCGACGAGUCCUCGCCGCCAAACGCAGAAGUGUCAGGACGGCGUUGGUGGAGAAGCAGGAGGAGAAGGCGCAGGAUGAGCUCGCGGGCAAGGAGUUGCAGGGCGGUGAAUUGCUUCCAGAUGGUGGUGGUAACGAAGACGCCAUCGAGACAGCAGCGAGCAGCAGACAUCAGCGCAAUCCAGCUGCUGGAGCAGAUGAGGCAACAGCCAAGCCGGACACCGAAGCAGCAGAAGCAGAAAAGGUCGAUAUAACACCCGCCGUCAUCGAGCGUAUUGGCACGCAAGAAGACGUGCGUGACGCGAGCUGGAGAUGGCGAGAUCUCCUGAGACGGAUGUGUAAAUUGCAGAAGGUCUGA